AUGGCGCCUCUUGCUCAUGACCCUUCGGGUUUUCUCAUGGAGCCGCCGGCGGGACAGACGAGAACUCUUGUUAAUCCCCCAAGCAGUGGGAGCGGAGUUAUUCCUUGUGGUGUUACGACGACGAUCAUUGCUUCGAUUAUUGUUAUUCUGAGGGUUUUCACGAGGAGAUAUGUGGUUAAGAGUGUGUUGGGCGCCGAUGACUACUUGUGCAUAGCUGGUCUCUGUUUCUCUUUCACCUUUCUCGGCAUCUCAUUAACACUCCUCAACCUUGGUGCUGGAAACCACAUGUGGGAUAUCCCAGUGGCCGAAUACGUUCCCAAGUUCUGGCAGACGAGCAUCGGAGCCACACUCACAUACGCUGCCAGCAUCAGUCUCGCCAAACUCUCUGUCCUUAGCUUCUAUCUUCGAAUCUCUCCCGAUAGAUUUGUGCGUCGAGCGGUCCAUGUCUUGAUGGCUCUUGUCUGCUCAUACACUUUCGUCUACGUCUGCCUCGCCGUGUUUCGAUGCCAGCCUGUAUCUGCAGGAUGGGAUCUCACUAUCGAAGGGAAGUGUAUUGGCAUGGAUGUUCUAGUUAUCUUCCUGGUCAUCUGCAGUGUUGUCAUCGAUACAUUCGUUCUUCUUCUUCCGAUCCGCAUUGUUCAGCCUCUUCAGAUCCCCACUCGUCAAAAGAUCUCACUUACUGUUCUCUUCGCAACUGGAGGCGUCAUCAUUGUCGUCACAAUCAGGAGGGCUACCAUCACUCUUCCCAUCUUGGACGCCCCCGACUAUACCUGGGCUCUUCCACGACAGCUCAUCUUGAGUUUCAUCGAGGUCAACACCAGUCUCGUCUGUGUUUCUGUCCCCGCGCUCAAGCCAUUCUGCGUGCGAUACGUUCCCUUCCUCAUCCAUCCUCGCCUCCGUUCUCAGGAGAAGAACUCAAAGAAGUCCAACUCGCACAGUCAAGAAAAGAGAAAAAGCCACACUGUAGACAACGAUUCCUACGAGAUGCCUCAUAGACGAGACUUUGGUGGAGAGAACCCUCAAGAAGAUGAGACACAUCUUUGUCCCACGAUACCAGAGCACAAUGCCGCUCUGGAGUCAGACGGUGCAAUGGAUACCGAGAGUGUUAACAGCUCAGCCGAUCAAGUACCUCCAGUAUCCGCCAAGCCAAAACCUGCUCUGGCCAGUUUCUCUACCAAGCGUAGCCAGAGCGUCAAUGGUAUUCAAGUCACCCGGGAAACAGUCAUUACCUACGGACCUAAAGAGUAA